UUGAAUAAAGGCUUGGACUUAUGAUGAAUAACAUGAACAUGUUUAUACUCUUCGUGUUUCGUUGAUGCACUUAUUGAUAUAACUAAUACAGGUAGCUCAAUUUAUUAAAAAGUGUACCAUCAAGUUGUAUCAUGUGUGACAAAUUGAUGCAUUGGGGAUUCCUCAGAAAAAGACAAACGCAGGAAUAGUCAGUUAGUUAACAGAAAAAGACCCAAGAAGAUUAAAUAAGAAGAAUGGUUUCAAAAGAAGAAAAUGAUAGCAGAUGGCUAUUUGACGUCCUUGAUAUCAUUGGAGCGAAUGACGAAUUUCGGAAGUCUUGUCAACGAGCACACAUAAUGCAAGAGAUUUUUAUGACUUUCCAAAACCAAAAUAGCAUGUAUUUAUUUGGAAGUGCUUGUGAAGGCUCAAUUACACCAGGUCAUGAACAAGACGCAGAUUAUAUUGAAUGUGAUGAAAAAUUCCCUGUCAUCGAGGACAUAUCAAAAGAUAGCAGUCAAUACCAGGCUUCUUUAUUGGUUAUUACUGAAGAAGAUACACCAGUUGGAUACGUCAAGCUACAGCUUGUUAUAGAAGGCACACGACAAACAGUUAUGAAUUGGCCGUACUUACAACAGUUUGUAAGAAAAGAUAUUGUCAUACUUGAUAAAAAUGGGCGAAUACUUUUAUUCGAUUUGCCGACACAAUACCGUGACGGUAUAUUUUCAAGAAGAAAGAAUAAGCCUGCUUUAACCAUUGAAAAUAUGAAAAUGGAUUUGGUUAGAUCUUAUCGUUGCACAGCAUGGCCGACGAUCGCAACGGAAUGGCUUACCCGACGUAGAUGUUACGGAUGGCCUACAGAAGAUACGAUUCAAGAGAUGAAAUCAUUUGGGUUCUUUGUUAUCAAAAAAGGUCACCCUUGCUCACCAGAAAAAGACUUAGAAUGGAGAAUAUCUUUUUCUCUUCAAGAACGGAAACUAAUGUUUAGUCUAACAGAUGUUCAAUACAAAUGUUACAUUGUUCUUAAAAUGAUUAACCGAGACGUAAUCAAAUUAAACGAGUUCACUUCAUACCAUUGGAAGACUUGUUUAUUUUAUGCUAUGGAACAAAAUGACAGAAAUGUAUGGGAAAAAAGAAAUCUUUUUUAUUGUGUCAAACUGUGCCUCAAACAGAUGUUAAAGUGGUUAAAAUGUGGGAAUUGCCCAAACUACUUUAUUCCAGGAGACAACUUAUUUGAUGGAAAACUGAAUAACAAUCGGAGAUUAAAAGCAGCAAACGAAAUAGAGCACGUUUUAAACAUGGGAUUUAAUUGUUUUCUCCGCGUAAAAUCUAAUGAUAUAUGCAACUAUUUGCAAUCUAGGGAAUCUCUUGAACGGUCUAAACGGCUUCAGUCACACAGUAAGGACGUAUACGAAAAAACCUUAAAACAAAAUUAUCUAUCUAGUUUCGCAUCCUUGUUUAAAGUUUUUAAUCACAACAUUCUUCAGCAUUAUUAUUAUCAAUCCAAUGGAAACACUGAUAUUUUCAUUAAGUAUCUGUGGGAUACACUUGAACAUAUCAAAGAAGUCAGAACGGUUACUGAACACACAGAAGAAGAAACAAGAAGUGUUCUUACCUUAAUGAUACCUCAUAUCUUAACGUGUUUGGCUAGUAAUAUUUCAGCAAUGGCUAUCCAACAUCCAAAUCCACAGGUUCGUGAUUUUCUUUUAUUUGGAUCUUUUACAUUUUUUAUGCAAGCUGGUUUAUUAGGCCGUCUAAAGUUUAUAUCCGUACUGUACGCUAUUCAGUUGUAUAAAGACUGUGAAUGGUGUUUAGACCAAUUGGAUGAGGAACAUAUCAAGAUUAUACCAUCAUUGUGUUUUUGUAGAUUUACAAUAAAAGAUAUAGCAAUGACAGUGGAAAAUAUGUUAAAUACUUCAAUUUCAGACGUGGUGACGUGCAUUUGUUUCUUACCGUCUGAACUUAAAAUCACCCCGCAUGCUUUGAAAUAUGAAAUGUUCAGAUAUUUUGGCAUUAGUUUAAAGGGAAACGAAAGAGCAAACAUCUUUAAUCGCUGGCAUUACAGGGCUGUUUGUGACUGCAAUACUUUCUUUUUCUUCCUCAAAUAUUUAAUAAAAAUGAAGCUCGGGAAGGUCACAGAAGCUUAUGACACUCAAACAACUUUAUCAACAUUGGUGACAAAAACCACGAAUGUCAGACAUAUUGAUGUAGGUUGUAACUUGAUUGCCUUUAAUUUCUGUUCAGUGGCACCUGUAAUGUUACUUUAUUUGACGACGUCAUGGCUUUUUAUGACAAAGUCUUUGGAACAAAUGACUUCGAGAUUGAGUACCAGACCACUUACAGGUGAUUUGAAACAGACACAGUACCAGUUCAAUGCUGCAAAGUUGCACGCGUUGGUGCUUUUGUACAAUACAUGGUUUGCAAGAAAGCCGCCUAAAAUCAAUUUCUGCUUCAAUUGUUUUGUGUUUACAUACGUAAAACUACAGACAUGUAGCAUGUGUCAAAUAGCGACAUAUUGUUCAGCACAAUGCAAAAGUGACAAUUGGAAGAUUCAUAAAAAAGUUUGUAAAAUUGUAAAAUUGAAAGUAGACAUCAAUAACCAUGUCAAUGGAUAACAUUUUCGAUUACUAUAUCUGUGGUCAGUGUUUUAGAAAAAAAAAUCGUACGCAAAUUCAGCCGACGAUUCAAAACAGUCACUUUUUUUUUGUUUAGAAAACAUUGUCAACAAAACUAAUUGAACAUUCAUAAAGCUUUUUUAGAAAUUGCAAGAAUGUAUUUUCAUGUUUCAUUUUUUUUCAUUACAAUAAUUAUCUAUACAUUAAAGGAGCAUUGGCUGUCAAAUUCAGGAUUACCGAUUUGACUCAAAUUCUCAUAUUUGAUUUAUAACAUACUAAUACGCAUAUCAAAAUUACUAAAAAGUUAUUAACAAUACAUGGACUUGAUAAAUUUAUCAGCAUUCAUUUCGUGUGUAUUUUUUGUGUAAACGUCAUCUAAUUGACCAUCGAUACAACCUCCGAUAACUGCUGAUGGUCGUAAAACCCGGUACAAACAUAUUUAACAUAAAUAUAAAUAGAUUGCGACCACGUGUAAUUGGAUUUUUCAAGGUCUGUUUGAUUUCAUAUUGUAUGAUAAAAAGUAUGCUAAUCACCGUUUUUACCUGUAUAAGAAUGAUUUUUUGUGGAUCCAAUCAGUCAACCAAAUGGUUCAUCCUUGUUUUACUUUCAAUGUUGGCAUUAUUUUCCUUUUAAUAGGUGAAUACAUGCGUAACCCAUAUCCAGCUAAGAGGUUAAAUUGAAGGCGACAUGAAUACGGAUUUAAUCAGGUCGAAUUAUUCGCUUGCGAGUGAAUAAUUCAUCAGCGCUGUUUUAUAGCUUAUUUUGACAAAAUUUAACCAAACUUACUGCUAAAAGCGACUUAGUAUUUCACUAUUUCACUUUCAUUAAUGAUUGGAAAAAACAAAAUCAUAUCUAUUUUUUUUUCUAUAUCUCGUAGCUAAUGCCUCUUUAAAUUUUACGGAACAGGAAUAUAAGGCAUUCAUCAUCAAUUACAUUGAAGGAGUGAAUGAACGAAUCAUUUAAAAACAAAUGAGAAUAUAAAUCAAUGUAAUGAAACAGUUGUAUUGUAUCUGGUAACUUUACGACAUAAAAUGGAAAAACAUGA